ACGUAAAGGUUACUCCAACUUCACCAACUACAACAGAAGUUCAAAUUAUUAAAGUUAAACCUGAAGAUGAAGGUGAUUAUACAGUUGAAGUGAAAGGUGUUGAACAACCACUUGUUCGACUUAAAGUUCAUCCAAAACCAGUUAUUCGACAAGAAAUGCAAUUACCAAAAGUUAAAUUCAAUGAAAAAGAAACACUUACUAUUGUUUGUCAAUUUGAUGCUACACCUGAAGAACCAUUCAUUUUUCUUCAUAAUGAACAACCAAUUGUACCAGAUUCUCGUGUGACAACUACUGUUGAAGAUAAUAAAUAUACAAUUGUUGUAAAAGAUCUUCGUCCAGAAGAAGAUGAAGGUGUUUACACACUUCAAUCAGAUCAUUUGAUUCUUGAUACACCAUCAAUCACUGUCGUUCCUGAAGAAAAGAAACCCGAAAUAGAAACAACUACUGUAGAAGAAGAAACAGUGACAGUUGUACCACAAGAACAACAACCUGAAAGAGUUGUUCAAGAAGUAGAACAAGUAACACAAAUACCAGAAGAGGGAAAGCCUGAGGAAGUGUCCGAAACUUCGAUUCGAGAAGUAGAAGAAAAUAGUACAGUUACUUUGACAGUACAGUUACCUGAAAGCACACCACAGAAACAAAUAAUACUUCUUAAAGACAAGAAACCAGUGAAACCUUCAGAACAUAUCAAAAUCACCCGAACAUCAUCAACAACUAUUGAAAUACAAAUUAUUAAAGCCAAACCUGAAGACGAAGGAAAGUAUACCUUCAUCAUUGAUAAAAAAGAACGACCAAUAAUGCAACUUAGAGUUAUUCCCAAACCAGUUAUUCAUCGGACAAUGGAUAUACCUCAAACAAUAUUUAAGGAAGGUGAAACAUUGACAAUAAAAUGUCAAUUUGAUUCUCCACCUGAAGAAACAUUUGAAUUCUUGAGAAAUGGAACGCGACUGAAACCUGAUGAUCGAAUUUCGACUACUGUUGAAGAUAAUACAUAUACAAUUGUUGUAAAAGGUUUGAAACCACAAGAGGAUGAAGGUGUUUACACACUUAAAUCAGAUCAUUUGAUUCUUGAUACGCCAGCAAUUACUGUUAUUCCUGAAGAAAAGAAACCGCAGACUGAAACUACAACUGUUGAAGAAGAAACGAUCACUAUUACAACUGAGCAACCACAAGAAACAAAGAAAAAAACAGAAUUGCCUGUACAUGAAGUUGAAGAAACAAGUACUGUGACAUUAACUAUUGAACAACCUCAAAGCACAAAACCAGAAGAUGUUGUUUUACUUAAAGAUGGAGAAGAAUUAAAACCUUCAGAUCACGUAAAGGUUACUCCAACUUCACCAACUACAACAGAAGUUCAAAUUAUUAAAGUUAAACCUGAAGAUGAAGGUGAUUAUACAGUUGAAGUGAAAGGU